GGAGCGGAAGGGGCGGUGGAGGCCGGGCCUGAGCCGGCAGCAGCGGCGCCAUGAGGACGCGGCGCGGCACCGUCCUGCGGCCCCCGCCGCAACCCGCCGGCCGCGAUGGAGGCGAGGAGGAGGAGGACGAGAAGGAGGAGGUGGUGCCCCGCGGGGACGUGGGGCCCGAGGGGCUGGGGGACGAGGUGGAGGACUUCCACGAGGCGCAGUUCCAGGCGGUGAUGGCGGCCUUGGAGAGCGGGGAGGAGGCCGGGGAGAGCGAGGAGGAGGAGGAGGAGGAGGAGGUGCUGGGGCUGCAGCUGCCGGAGGAGGACGAGGACGAGGAGGAAGAGGAGGAAGAAGUGCUGGGGCUGCAGCUGGAGGAGGAGGAGGAGGAGGAGGGUGACGGUGGUGAGGAAGAGAAGGAGGGAGCUGAGUUCUAUGUGGAUCGCAGCGCAGAGGAGGAUGAGGAGGAUGAAGAUGAGGACCUGUCCAUGGAAAGCGACUUGGAAGAGCGCAGCAAGGACACCAAGCUCCCCCACGAGCUGUCCUGGGGUCGCCGCAAGCAGCUCUACUACGACACGGACUAUGGGAGCGACAGCCAGGCCAAGGGCAAGCGUAGCCAGCAAGAGGUCGAUGCUGAGGAGGAGGAAGAGGAGCAGGAGGCUCAAGUCAUCCAGAGGCGGUUGGUGCAGGACCUGGGGGAGGAUGAUUAUGGGCUGGAUGUGAUCCAGGGCUAUGUGGCGGGGCAGCAGAAAACCCACGACAGCAAGGGGCAGAAGAUUGCCAAGGAUUUGCAGGUCCUUUCCAAGAAGGAGCAGCUGAAGCUACUGAAGCAGGAGUCCCCUGAGCUCCUGCAUCUGAUUGAGGACUUUGAAGUCAAGCUGAUGGAGCUCAAGGAUGAGCUGCAGCCACUGCUGGAAAUGGUCAGAAGCGGCGUUAUCCCUCAGGGAAAGGGCAGCCGCUAUCUGCAGAUGAAGUAUCAGAUCUACCUGAAUUACUGCGCCAAUAUCAGUUUCUAUUUGGUUUUAAAGUCAAAGAGAAUGCCAGCUCACAGUCACCCCGUCAUUGAGCGGUUGGUCGCUUACAGAAAUAUCAUCAAUGACCUGGCUGUGAUAGACCAGAGGUUAUCCUCGCAGGUUCGCCUGCUCCUGAGGAACUAUUACGAUAAGAAGGAAGAAAAACUGCGAGAGCAGAAGAAGUUUCCGGCGCUUCUAUAUCUGGCUGCCAGGAAAAACAAACCAAAACGUGCUUCUGCUCUUGCUAACGGCCGUCUUGCUGCUGAGGAACAGGCAGACGAGUCCGACCUGGAUGAAGAGGCUGCCCUAAAAUACUAUAAGCUGAUGGAGGAUAAGCUGAAACUCAAGAGGAAGAGAACGGAAGACCAGGACAUGCUCGAAGAAGGACCGUUGGAGGAGGAGGAUCCAAAUAAAAAGAGAGGUGUGACCUAUCAGAUGAUCAAGAACAAAGGCCUCACCCCCAGGAGGAAGAAGAUUGAUCGCAACCCCAGGGUCAAGCACCGGGAGAAGUUUCGGCGGGCCAAGAUUCGCCGGAAGGGCCAGGUCCGUGAAGUUCGGACAGAGAUGCACCGAUACGGCGGGGAGCUGUCCGGCAUUCGCGCCGGGGUUAAGAAAAGCAGAAAGCUUCAGUGAAACUUAUUUUUCUCUGUUUCGGAGAGCUGCAAGUAACAGUUUUGAAUGCAAUAAAAUUUUUGUUAAAGAA